AUGAACAACCAGCAGAGUUCAUCAUCAAAAUGUAUUGACGUAGGCAAAGAGGCACGUUGGUUGUUCCAUGCGAUUGACGAUGUCUACAGAGGCAAUAGCGGUCUGGCAAAACCGGUGGACUUUGUGCGCGGAUCUGAUAAGGAGAAAAGCCGUAUUCGUGGAUCGAAUGCGAAGAUCUUCGGUAUUGGUAAAGAAAGAAGCGACAAAUGGUGGAAAGCUCUAGGCGCGCAACUGCGUAUACAUGGUUGGUUGAUGGAAGUUAAGAGAGGAGACAUGGCGUACGGAGCCUGUGUGAAUUUGUCCGACAAGGCGAGAAAAUGGUAUAUGAGCAACGUCGAGUCAUUGAUGAUCGAAGCGUCUCCUCUCCUUUUGGCAGCGUCUGCGGCAAAGAAUAAAGUUACGGUAGCUGGCGGAUCUGCGUCAGCAGCAGUGGAGGACGAAUCAAAACGAAGGGUACUGGGACCAACUCGAUUGCGGAAGUACUUGUCAGCGAGUGCCUAUCCUUCACUUCAGACACAAUCUGGUGAUACUCUUCCCAACAUUCCACUUGUAGAAGAACUCCGACGGAUGCUGGAUAACACUCGAAUGGAGUUGGCCAAGGAGUACGACUGUGGACCUUUCCAGAUAGCAUCGAAUAAGGUGCUAGACCAGCUGGCAAAUGUUCGACCGGAUAGCAUUGCAGCUUUAGAAGCAAUCUCGGAUCUUCCUGUAGAAAGACGUCAACGCUUUGGGCAGCGUUUCAUUGACUGCAUCAAAGAAUUUGUCACGACGCAUCAGCUUGACACCAACGUUUCCAAUUCAUCAACGAUACCAUCAGAACUACAAGAUACCAUAGCCCGGCUUACGCCCAGCAUCCAGCAAACCUACAAAGCCCAUUUGAUGUCCGCAGCUUCGAUUAUUGAUCUCUCGAAAAUACGAUGUGUUAGCGAAUCGACCACAUGGGGAUAUUUAUGUUCUGCGGUGGAGCUGGGACUUCCAGUUCAUUUGGACAAAUUAGGAAUUGAAAGAAAUUUAAUCGACACGGUCUUAAAGGCUGCAAGAGAAAAGUUGGGUGGAGAUGUGUAUCGACUGAAACAGCUAAUGGAGGCGCUACCGCCGGAUACUAUCGACUACAAUCGUCUAAAGAUAGUCAGAGCCAUCUUGUUAUGGGAAUAUGAGCCGCACUCUACUGAAAGUGUAAUAUCAGCUCCUGCAAGUACAGCUACGGAGACGUCGAAGUCAAGCGGUUCGCAAAAAUCUACUGUGCCAUCGUGGAUGUUGAACGCGGUUCCGGCACCACCACAACCGAAAAAGAAGAAAAUAUUUAUCUGA